AACUCACAAACCCACAACAGGAUCCAGGACCAGGAGCAGAAACCUCUUCCUGGACCUGCAACAGGAGACAUCAGAGGGAGAAUGCUCAGUUUCCGGCUGGCCUACAUCUUCUCGUACAACCUGUUCCAGUUCUGUGGGCACACGUGGAUCCUGGCCAACACCAUCGCCAGGUUCCUCAUGUUUGGUCAAGAUGCCUUAGCGGACACGUUCUACUCGGUUGGCUUCAUGAUGAGUCUGUGCCAGCUGCUCUCCAUCCUGGAGCUCUUCCACAUCGCAGAUGGGAUUGAGAAGGCCAGACUCCUCCCACGCUUCAUCCAAGUGUGUAUCAGACUCGGGAGUGAAUCAUGUGGAUGUUAUGUGGAGGCAGAUGUGUGUGUGUUCAACGGUUCCACAUGCCGACGGGUCUGUUCCUCAGGUUCUGGAGAAGAACCUCCUGCUCAUCAUGGUCAUCAUGCUGGAGGAGAUACAGAGCAAACCCGUGGUGUGUGCCCAGCUCUUCUUGUGGAACGUUCUGGACCUCGUACGUUGUGUGGGGACAGGUACCCCCACGAGCUGCUGUGUGCCAUGGACAGCCCCUCCCCCCCCAUGCUGUGGACCCGCUACACCCUCUGCAUCCCCCUGUACAUCCUGUCCGUGGCCACUGAAGGGCUCACCCUCUACCAGGCUCUGGCCUGUGAGGAGCCGCCAGCAGGUGACUCGUGCUCUCUGAACACAACGGGGUCAACGGGGUCAACGGGCAUCGCCCACCCCCCUCUCGCCCUCAUGAUCUCCCUGCCCAUCCUGGCUCUUGGACCCGUGAAAAACAAACCCAUGAACUCCUGAAGGAGGUAAACACUUUAACAUGUGGCACCGUGAGCUUUUAGGUUGGACAACAGCUGGCUGCAGCUUCUUCUCCUCCCUCGGGUUGCCAGGUUUGGUUGCUUAAAACCAAAUUCUGGCAACCCAUAAUUAAAAAUCCUCAGUUGCAACGGCAUGACCCGCCUCCCCCCUCCGCUGAUUGGCUGAUAUUCAUACCCAAAAACAACAGUUUCAGCACGUAGCAUUGUUGUUGUUUAUAGCCAGGUGUCCCCAAACUCUUUCCUGAGGGCCACAUAACAUUUCCCUUGUCUGCUGGAGGGCCCUGUUGGGUUUGUGUAGACAUUAGAGAGACAACAUUGCUUUAGUGCUUUAAAGCGUCUUUGUGUAUUUAGAAAAGCGCUAUAUCAUUUUGAGUUAUUAUUAGAGCUUCUGGGUGUGUAUUAUAUUCCGCCUGUGUCCAGUAUUUAUGCUAGGCUAACGGUCACGUGAUAUUAUUCAUUUCAUAUCUGGAAAGAAAGCAAAGACACGAUCUACCAACUACUGAAUGGCCCCUCCAGACUAACCUUGAUGAAGAGGUUUCUCAAGGUUUCUAAGAAGUUUCUCAAGUCACUGGAAAGUCUCUCAAGUCACUGGUGAGUCAGACUGGUUCACGUCUGUGUUCUCAGACCAACGGAGGCUCAUCGGGCCUCAACACGAGCGACAGGCUCCUGGCCGGUGACUCCACUUUGUAAACCUGCACCGUCAGCAGAUAUAAUUCUGUGGUGGAUUUGUUCUGAAUGCAUUUUGUGUGACGUCCUAACAGUUCUGUGUGCUUCAGGGGCGUCGGUGACCGUGUGGCAGCUGCUGCAGGAGAGACGGCAGCAACUGGACCGCUGGAGCCAGAAGAUGAAACGGAAAUGACACGUUCACAUCAUGAGGGUCAUCUGGCUGUGGGGUCACUAACACUGCUUUUAUUCAGAAGAACUUCAACUCUUCAAGCCAGAAACUCAACACCAUAACAUAUUUAAAUACUAUCAAUGGACGCGUUGAGUCUUUGACGGAGCACGUUGAGGCUGGAGAGCGACCACGACGCUGCACUGAGCCUCUCAUGCCUCACGGUACCCAGGUCCAGCAGCAGAUGCUCCAGCUGUGCUUUGGUGAGAACCUCUGUGUGCGUUGCCACGGUGACAGUCUCCGGGCUACCAUCCGUACGCUCUAGUCCACACAGCUUUCUUCUUGAACUCGGCAGAGGACUUCAGAGCCAACAGUCCGGCUGAAACAACAACAACAACAAUAAUCACAAACAACUCCCCUUUAGAAUCAAACCUUGUGUUUCUGUUCUGGUGUCUUCAUUAUGUUCAUAAUAACAUCCAUCAGUGUUUCCUCUUACACUCUUCUGUUUAUAUUAAGCACAUUACUGACGAUUAUCAAGAUGUUAUUAAUAAGUAAAAUAUGAAUACACGUAUUACACUGUAGCUCCAUGGAGAAGCUUCAUGGAUUUUCUCCAUUGUUUUGUGGGAUGUGCACGGUCCCUCUACGUGGCUUCAGGUAACAAUACACAUCAAUAAUAUGGUGUAAAUAAUUAUAAUAAAUAAUGUAAUGCAUACA